UUACGACACACAUAGAGUGCUUCAAGGAACUUCUGCUAUAACAUCAUGGCGGGAAAGUAGGACAACAAAUCUGGCAGAUGCAAACAUACAUAUAUGAAAUGGCCACCAAAAGAAAGAAAGUCACAGAUCUUAGCGAUAAAAGCUUGACCAGUAUUAACUUGCCCAAAGAAAUGGUAGAUUCAACUACAAUCAUUUUAGAUGAUAACCAGGUUUCAAAUUUUCAAGCCUUGCAUAAUGUUUUGUCAUUGGAGAAGCUUUCAGUUGCAAGGAACAAUCUUGUGCAAAUUGAUCAGAUAACCCAUCUUUCAAAUCUCCGAGUGCUUGACCUCAAAGAAAAUAAUAUCAUAUCAGCAGAAGGCCUGUCAAACCUCACACAUUUGGAGUGGCUAUGUCUUUCAAGAAAUAAAAUCACAGAUAUCAGGAGUCUGAGCAAGAAUACAUCUUUGCAUCAUCUGGAUCUUUCAAAUAAUGGCAUCACAGAAAUUAAGGAUAUCUCUUCUUUGAUUCAUUUAAAGACUUUGCUACUUGAAGGAAACAAGUUAAGCAGUUUAAAAGAAGUACCAAACUUUUUGCCACCAAGCCUUAUGACUAUGACAAUGGCAGAAAAUGAGCUUGUGGACCUGACAGAGAUUCAGCUGUUUGCUAACUUGCCUUUUCUCGAAGAGUUGUCGUUAUUUGGAAAUCCUUUUGCUGUUGAUGAAUCGGGAAAGUACGUUGAUUAUAGGCCUUAUGUUAUCUGCUGUUGCAAACAUUUAGUGAAACUUGAUGCAUCGUCAGUGACGCAAGCGGACAGACACAGUGCUAAUGUAUUCGAAGCUGAAGGCCAUUUGAAAAUGCUGCAGCCGGGCCAGCACAACAAACUCGCCAGACAUCUCCUCGAAGCAUCGCCAAGCUAUUCGCCAAAGUUCUCGCAAAGGCGCAAAUCAGUUCAAAAUAAAGGAUCAAGAUACUCCACUGGCGUAAACUCAUCUCUUCUGGAAUCAGAGUCUGUGCAUUUGCCUCUGAUUUAUGACUCGCCUCCAAAAUCGAAACCCUCUUCAAUGACAGAGACACGCCCAAGUACAGCUCCACACUUGUCAGAUUUCGAAAGCUCAUCCUGGCAAACAUUGAUGUCAAAUGACCCUUACCUCACAUAUUCUGCCAAUUUUAACGACAAGGUGUUUCACCCUCUGCCCAGCAAGCAUAGUCCAGAGCAUUCAAUCGAUGUAGAAAAAUCCACUUGUGCCAAAGACAGUAAAAUGACUGUUAAUGGUGGCGACGCUAAAGAGGAAACAAGCCCCGGUACACCAACAAGCAGGAAGUACAGAGCAAAAGUUUUCAUCCAGGAAGUUGUUGAUGGAUCAUCAAGUGGCUCGCAUUCUGAUGCUGAGGCAGUCGUUCAGCAUGUGAAAAAAGAAAGUGAGGUUACAGAUUUCCAGGAAGGAGUUUUGUCAAAAACCCCUGAAGACGGUGUCCACCAAGGCAGCAUUGAUGCCUCAGUUGCAUUAACUGCAGACGAGGCUGCUCGAUUACUAUACCUUGCUGCUGCUAUGAUACAGGCCUGUAUCAGGGGGUAUUUACAAAGGAAGAAAUACCGGAGAUUUCUGAAAAUACACAAGGCUGUUGUCAAAAUACAAGCAGUAUGGAGGGGAUACUAUGCUCGUAAAUACAAUGUUAAAAUGAUACAUUUAAGAAACCAGCUAGAGAUUAAGAAAUUGCACACAAAAGUUUUCAAUCUUGAGGGACAUAUCAGAAGAGCUGAGAGAGAAAAGAAGAAGGACAAUGCCAUAAUUUGCGAUGCUCUAAGAAUUUGUAUGCAAGAGAUGAACAUGCAGCGUCAGAAAAUUGAUGAAAUGGAGAAGGCUAGACGGGCUGAAGAGAUGAUCAAAAAUGAGCUCCACGGCAUCUGCGUUGGCCUUCAGAAUGAGAUUUGCCAUCUAAGAUCAGCAAUGGAGAGGCGAGGUCAGUUGCAUUUAGAAACUCUACAUGAAAGUAUGCACAGGGGUGCAGAAACGAAGAACCAGAAGGCACUGGAAAAGGAUGGUCUUGCUGAUGGGUCUAAAAGAAUGUCAAAUGUGGGUGCUGUAUCUAAUGCAGGGAAGGGGGAAGCCGAGGUAAAGAGUCUGCUUAAUGACCAGAAUGGCAAGAUUAUAAGCAUCGAAGAAACAAAAGGAGUCCCUGCUUUAACGCAAAGGAAAGAGUUGUCUAGCUAUGUGCAAUCAGAAUCUGUGCCAAGGAAAGAGUUGACAAACAGUGUACAUGAUCAAAUCGAAAAUGUAAAUUUAGUUUCUGACAAAUUGAAGGAAAUGGGGAAUGGUCAAACAAGUGAUGAAACUUUUAAUUCAAGUAAAAAGUCUGACGCACUGCUUUAUUCUGAUCAUAAUUUAUUAACUGAAAAGAAGCAAGAUGAAAUUAUGUUGGCAAUUUCAACAAAGAAUGGUUCUGAGUCGCCUCCUGAAAAUAGAUUUGGCUCGAUUGAUCCAGAUUCUGUCCAAACAGAUGUUGCAGUAAGCGUAGACAGUAAUUAUGAUGAUGAUUAUUAUAGCGAACCAGAUGAAGGUGCAACAGCUGGGAGACGAGAUGCAAGGCUGAAUGAAACAUUUGAUUUGUCGGAAGGUACGGAUUUGUCAUCCAAUAUGCCCGAAACAAACCAUGAAGAGAGCUGUGUUAGCAAAACUGUAAACAAAGAAGAUAGAGAGUCAGAUAAUGGCGAUACAGUUUUCUUGAGUGAAUCCCCUGACGUCAUUAUUAGAGAUCAAAAUAAUCUUACAGAAAAAGAUAAAAUGAAAGACCUUACAGGUUGGAGCAAAGAUGAUGGAGAUGGAAAAGUUGUAGGUACUGGAAAUUUAAAAGACACAAACAGUUUUGAUUGUGUUGAGAGAAGUGGAGGGUCAGUGACUGUAGAGGUAAGAUCUAUGGAAAGAGGAAUUGGUUUAAUGCAGAAUGUUAAACAAGCUAACAAAUCAAUAGAACGUGAACAUACAGCUUUAAAUAUGAGUGCUAAUAAAAAUUCCUCGAUUGAAUCUGAAGUUAUCGCUUCUUUGGCAACAAAUAAAAACAGCAUUAAAGAGCAGGAUAAGGUUGUGGAAGAUGUUAACGAAAGUCGCGCUGCUUCGUCAGGCGCAUCCCGUGACGUUGAAGAAUCAGCUGGCUCAGAUAACCUGGGUGUAAACAUUGGACCCAGUUCAUUGAAUUCAAGAAAGCAAGAAACCUCUUGUGGGAGAAGGAGAACGUUGUUUCCUAAUGUUUUUUCUUCAGAUAAAGAUGCCAAAGCUAGCCAACGUGUGAUGAACCGCUCCGUAGACUCAAGUAGGCUGUUUAGCCCUCUGGUAACACUUGAACCAUUGGGAAUGCCUGAAGUGUCCAAGGAAAAUGCAUUUUCUAAACCGAGCUUAUUUUCUUCAGCAUUGUUGUGGAGUGAUCGAAAAUUUGAGGCACAAACCAAAACAGAAACGGGACAUAAACACGAAAGAACACUUUUCGGGGAAAAAGGGAUUAAGGGUGUUUACAAGGAAGUUGUUGAGUAUCAUGGACCUCUCUUAGACGAGACUAGCACAUCUAGUAAAUGCAGAGAAGAGGGUGUUGUGUCUGGUGACAAAACAGAAAACAAUAAACACUCUGAGAAGGAAGAACCUAAUAAAGAAAACGGUAGAACAGAAACGAUUCAGAGGGUAGGAGAGCAAUUUUCCAAGGACUUCUCAGAAUCCAAGACUAGUGAAACUUCCUCUAACGAAAUCCAAUCCGAUACCACUACUUCGGCAUCAGUAACUGUAACCAGACCUACUGACGCAAAUGAAAGCGAAUUAGCAUUAAAUGAUACAGUGGUCGCUGUUGAAGAAUCUUUCUUGCGGAGGACAAGGACCAGCACUCCUGUGAAGAGGGUAACUGCAGUUAUAGAUAGGCAAGUUGAGCCUGGUACAAGUGGCGAGGCAUUAGUCGAUCGUAAGGAAUCUGUCAGUUUGGAUAUUGUCCCUGACUGUCUGCAGACCAUGCCAAAACUUGUCCCGUUGACCACUGGGCGAAAUAAAUCACCUGGUAUGCCCUAUUUUGAGGACCAAAGUUUUGAUGCAGGAGAAGAUAGCUUCACUGAAUGAAAGGAGCAAAUCAAUUUGUGUUCCUGGCAUACCAGAUACAAUAUGUGAUAAAGAGUGGUUGUUGAGAAGCCGUUGCCAGUCAAUGGGUAUUGAAGCUAGGUAACUUGUUGAUUUUACUUUAAGCAGCUGUUAAACGCCAAUGCCAUUGCAUGGAUUUGACUGUAAUGAAGUAAUUCUUACAGCAAUGGAUUGUAUUGAAUCUUUGUGAAGAUUUUAUGCUGCUAAGAGUUCAAGCGUGGUCAUCAUCGUAUUCACAGAAAAGAUACUGCUGAGGAAUGCAUUGUUGAAGAUGUCGUAAAUAACCCAGUUUGCUACUUCAGUGCAAAGGAAUUUCUUUCUACUGUGAUAACAAUUUUUUUCAUAACAUUAGUCUUUUUAAAGACGUUUUUUUCAAAGCUGUUACCAAAUGUUAUAUUGAAAAGUAUCGUUCAUGAAUU